GCAUUGAUGCUUAUCUCGCGAGAACUCUCCCCCUGCUUGUGUCGGCGAUGCGAUGCUGAUGCUGUUGCUGUGAAUUUGAUUGACGCGAACAUGUCGGUGUGAUGGGGGAGCGCCGGGAUGCAGCCGAUGAUGGUCCAGAAGGGGAAUACGUGCGGUCAAACCAGACGCUAUCGUUAAGAAACGACACCCGACGUCCUCCUUUAUCACCUUUGACGAAGAUGCCUGAAUUUGCGUUGCGUUUCACGCGCGCGCAACGGAUCUAGCCGAUGCCACCGCAGCGAGGAUCUGAUUUGUGUUUUUUUCCCCUUCCUUCCUUCAAUGUCUGUGUGUUAUGGUAGAGUCAAGCCGGAGCAUCAAACAUAAACUGUGCAACCCUGAUGACAACGCCGUCAGGAUAUCAGGAUAUCAACAAUGGAAUCGCCUUACACGUAGAGUCUAGUUUUUUCACGAUCACACACCGUUAUUAGCGCUUUCACGAACGCGCUAUCCGAGUGUUGUCUAAUCUGAUUGAACGAAAAAAAAAAAAAAAGUAGCCCGCACUUAAGAGACGGACCACUGCUCCCAAAUUAUGGACGAGGAGAAUAUGACCAAAAGCGACGAGCAUCAUCUGAGUUUGCAAAAAGCCUUGCAGCAGUGCGAACUGGUGCAAAACAUGAUAGACAUUAGUAUCUCCAGCCUGGAAGGUCUGAGGACCAAAUGUGCCACAUCCAACGACUUGACACAAAAAGAAAUCCGAACGCUGGAGGGUAAACUGGUGAAGUAUUUUAGUCGGCAGCUCUCUUACAAGCGUAAAGUGUCCUUACAGGAGCAGAAUGUGGAUUUGGACGGAUUCCCGCGGCUGGGACACUGGUUCCGCAUUGUUAACAUGAGGAAGGAGGUUAUUGAGGAGAUCUCUCCAGGCGAGCUGACUCUGGAGGCUCUGUUGGAGAUGUCGGACGAGCAGGUGUGCGAGGCGCUGCUGAAGUUUGGAGCGAGCGAUGAAGAAUGUGCUCGGCUCAAUGCCUCCCUCACAUGUCUACGAUCAGCCCACAAAUCAGAACAACUUGAGGAUGACAAAUUACACAGUAAUGGAGGAUCCAAGCAGGACUGGUCCAUUCAGUGGCCCACGUCUGAGUCAGGUAAAGAGAACACCCCAGUGGGGCCGUCGGACCCCAGUCAGUGGGUCCGUCUCCAGCUCUCCCAGAGCCCCAAAUUGCACUCGCGCUACAGCCAGCACUUGUGCCAGAGUCCCCAGGCCCUGGCUCCCCCCUUCUACUCCCCUCACCCGCAUUCAGACCGGCUGACCGUGGACCCUCACUCCGGCCUCUUCCCCUCGCCUCUGGAUAUGGGACAUCACUCUCUCCCUCCUUCCCCCAGACAGAGGCAUUUUGCCCACACGCCUCCGCGGACUCCCUUAGUAGUGAACACCAUGACCCCUCCAGGGACGCCGCAGAUCAGGCGCAGGAAUAAGCUGAAGGCCCCUGGAACCCCGCCGCCCGCCAGCCGGAAGCUCAUCCACCUUCUGCCCGGGUUCACGGCUCUGCACCGCAGCAAAUCCCACGAGUUCCAGCUGGGGAACAGAAUAGAUGACGCACAGACACCCAAAGCAAAAAAGAAGAACAAGCCGUUGAACCUGAAGAUCCACAGCAGUGUGGCUGGAAGCUGUGAAAACCUGCCGACCCAGCGCUCUCCUCUCCACUCCGAUCACUCGCUCCGCUCCUUCUUUUUCCCCAAUUUUGUCCCUUCGACACCCCCGGUGCACUCGGACACCCCCUCAUCAAAUACUCUGUCUGUUCCUCGCUGGUCUCCUCAAAUACCUCGCAGAGACCUCGGCAACUCCAUAAAACACAGGUUUUCCACGAAGUAUUGGAUGUCGCAGACGUGUAUCGUGUGCGGGAAAGGAAUGCUGUUCGGCUUAAAAUGCAAAAACUGCAAAUUGAAGUGCCACAACAAAUGCACCAAAGAAGCACCGCCCUGUCAUUUACUCAUAUACCACAGAGGAGGUAGGGACUCGUUCAGAGAUCAAGGAACGUCUCAAGCUCGUCAGCUCGUCAGGACCGAGUCGGUACCAUGUGACAUAAACAACCCCCUCAGGUACUCAGACCUCCACAUUAGCCAGACUCUGCCCAAGACCAACAAAAUCAACAAGGACCACAUCCCUGUGCCGUAUCAGCCCGACUCCAGCAGUAACCCCUCCUCCACCACCUCCUCCACCCCAUCGUCUCCUGCUCCCCCUCUGCCGCCCAGCGCAACGCCCCCAUCUCCUCUACACCCUUCCCCCCAGAGCGUCAGACAGCAGAAACAGUCCAACCUUACAGCAUCUCAUUUCUACAAAUACAAGCAGCAGUUCAUCUUCCCUGACGUGGCUCCUGAGGUUCCCACCAGGGCCCCUCAAGUCAUUCUACACCCUGUUCUGUCUGAACCUGGUACCAAAGGGAGUCCCUUGCUACAAAUUGAGGUUGAGCCAACAUCUGAUAAUGAGGAAGGCAACGAUGAGGCAGAAGGCUCAGCGGACGAGUUCGAGGAGAUGAAUCUCUCUCUCUUGUCGGCACGGAACUUCCCACGUAAGGCCAGCCAGACCAGCAUCUUCCUGCAGGAGUGGGACAUUCCCAUGGAGCAGCUGGAGAUCGGAGAGCUGAUCGGGAAAGGCCGCUUUGGACAGGUCUACCACGGACGCUGGCACGGAGAAGUGGCCAUACGGCUAAUUGACAUUGAAAGAGACAAUGAAGAACAGCUAAAAGCAUUUAAAAGAGAGGUGAUGGCGUACAGGAACACACGGCAUGAAAACGUGGUCCUGUUCAUGGGAGCGUGUAUGAGACCGCCUCAUCUGGCCAUCAUCACCAGUUUGUGUAAGGGCAGGACCCUCUACUCAGUGAUUCGAGAUGCAAAAGUCGUUCUCGACGUGAACAAGACUAGACAAAUCGCACAAGAAAUGGUGAAGGGCAUGGGCUACCUACAUGCCAAAGGGAUCCUUCACAAAGAUAUGAAAUCCAAGAAUGUAUUUUAUGACAAUGGGAAAGUGGUCAUCACCGACUUUGGCCUGUUCACGAUAUCUGGUGUACUACAAGCAGGCAGUAGGAGAAAGGAUAAGCUGCGGAUCCCAAGCGGCUGGCUGUGUCAUCUCGCUCCUGAGCUCAUCCGUCAGCUCUCCCCAGAGACCGCAGAAAACCAGCUCCCUUUCUCCAAACAGUCUGACGUCUUUGCCUUUGGCACUAUCUGGUACGAGCUCCAUGCGCGCGAGUGGCCCUUUAAGAAUCAGCCCGCUGAAGUCAUUAUCUGGCAGGUGGGAAGCGGAAUGAAGCCCAACCUCACUCAGAUCGGCAUGGGCAAAGAGAUAUCCGACAUCCUGCUGUUCUGCUGGGCGUACGAACAGGAAGAGCGGCCCAGCUUCUCCAAGCUCGUGGAGCUACUGGAGAAACUCCCGAAACGCAACCGUCGCCUGUCUCACCCAGUACACUUCUGGAAAUCAGCUGAGUAUGUGAAAUGAGCUAAGCUAAAAAUCAAAAACCGCCUGUUUCUAAAAUAAACAAACUUGGAACAACAACAACAACAAACAAACAAAAAAAAAACCCGCAAAACAAUCGUGAAGUAACGUUAAGAUGGAGUCGGUCCGCGUGACUGAGAGAGCCGCUACUCGAUGGCGCAUGUGUUCUGCUGUAUUUAGCGACGUUUCCUUAACGCAGUGAUCAUUUAGCAUAUUUAGAGCACACGGUAUUUUCUGGUGUAUCGUUUGGUCAUGAAAGGGAGAUGUUUUCUUCUUCUUCUUUUUUUUUUUUUUGCUAAAUAUGUUUUGCAUAUAUCAACUGCUUGUGAUUAUUUCUCAUUACCCUGAAUGAGUCCACUUUCAGUGAAUGUCGUUUUCUUUCGUCGAACCUCUGCAAUGCAUUUUUUUUUUUUUAUAUAAACAACUAAGACUAGUGUUAUUCGAGUUUUUGUCUGUAUUGUUUAUAUUCCUUUCGAAUUCAGCCAUCGGAUGAAUGUAUUUA